CGCCACUGACGCGAGCACACGUCUCCCUACCGCGAGGGUAAAUGCAUCUGCCGGUGUCCGACGGCUGCAUCAUGCCCAACGCCGAGGAACAGCUCAUGGCUCCCAUGUCAGAACUCGAUAGCAUUCGCAACAUGUUGUCUCAGCAGCACGGCGAACUCGUCGCCACUGGCAGCCCCAAUGUGCUGUGCACCGUGCUGCCCAACCACUGGCGCUCGAACAAGUCGCUACCUGUGGCGUUCAGGGUGGUCAUCCUGGACGACGUCCCCGACGGCACCGUGGUCACCAUCAACGCUGGCAACGACGAGAACUGCAGCGCCGAACUCCGAAACUGUCAGACCGUCAUCAAGAACCAGGUGGCAAAAUUCAACGACCUUCGCUUCGUCGGCAGGAGUGGCAGGGGAAAAAGCUUCACGCUGUCAAUCACAGUCAGCUCCAGACCCAUGCAGAUCGCCACGUACAACAAGGCCAUCAAGGUGACUGUUGAUGGCCCCAGGGAGCCGAGGACCAAGUCGAUGCAAUACUAUCCGAAUAGCCAUCCAGGCUUCGGUCACUUCGCCAUGGUUGCCCCGCAAUGGCUCGACCCUGCCUACGUGUCCACCUACACGGAGUACUUCCGCAGGUCUGGUGAACUGAGGUCCUUUCCUGGCGACGUACGUCAUCCUCCAUUUUUAAACGGUGGACCCGAACACUUGUUCCCGCCUUUUAUCCCGUACAUGCCAUCUCCGUUCGUGCCCUUCCAAGCCCAACUUGAAUCGGCACACCACGUGCCCGCCGUGGCCCCCAGCCCUGUGACCUCAAGCUCGCCCGUGUCGCAGACAGCCAACAGCACACCGAUCUCGCCUAACUCCGUCCUUCCCACUCCCCUCAGCCAGCUCAGAAUCCCCACGUCGCCUGCCGGCUCUCCGCAGGACUCAAACCAGUCUGCCUCGCCUGAGACUUCACAGCAGGCGGAGAGCGUCAGGUCUGCGUUCCAGCAGGUGACCCCCUCCAAAUCCAAUUCCUCGUCGGAAGCGUCAAAAACCGACGAGGAGAAGGCAGCGCCCAAGGUCAAGUCUGAUAGUGCAAUUACCAGAAGUAAUGUUGGUCCGAUUCCAAGCGACUUGGCUACACAAAAGAGGGUGUGGAGGCCGUACAAGAAAUAAACUAACAAUCGUUGGGAAAUCGCAGAUGGAUUCCAUUUAUUUUUUUUUUUCAAAGUUUGUGCGUAGACAGAGCUUCUUCAAACUGGACAAACCAAGAAUAUUUUGAUACCUGCUGGCAGGUUUAACAGGUUUUUCAAGAACUGCUAAAGUUUUGUGAAUGUUGUAGCACCAAGAAAAGAUUUUUAAAAUUGAUAAAAUAUAAACACAAAAUCCAAGCAAAACCAAGCCAAAAACUCGCCAUUAAAAAUAUUAAGAUUUUAAUUUUGCUAUACAUAUUUUCCAUUCAUAUUAAUUUUACUAACUUAAAUUAUUUUUGUUCAGCAAUGAAACCCCUGUUUGUUCAAAAUGUUCACAAUUACCAUGGUUUGUCCUGCGUGCAUAAAUUCAACAUACACACGUCAUCAUUUUACUAUGACCUCCAACACAUCCGCCAGAAAAUCUAACAUGAAAUCAACUCUAUACUCCUGGAAAAUACAAGGUUAUUUUGUACCUACUUCGAUUAAUAAAACCACCUGCGACCACUGUCAACUUCCGCACAAGCUAAAUUAUUGUGGAAUCCGUCUGAGUGAUAAAGGAGAUGAGGGAUCUGGGACCUCUCUACGUGCAAUGGCAAAAGAGACUGACGCAAGAAUGUAUGAGUGCUUUCCCAGUGCAAAAGGUGCGUGAGAGUACAUCACAAAUAUGAAAUGAAUGUAUCAAUGAAUACCAAGUAGUAUUUUUGUAACCUAAUCAUAAAUUAUGGUUGUGUAUUGCAUAAAUUACGGAAGAUUUUUCUUUUAAUCGUAAUUUUUAAAAUACACUGCAUUCAAAAAUAA